UCCGGAUAGCCCUGGGAGGCGGCGCCGCGUCGGGGCGGGGCGGGGCGGGCCCGGGGAGACGCUCUGGGGUGCAGGGGUCCUUCCGGUGCCCUCUGGCCGUCCCUGCCCCUCCUCUCUCCAAGCCAGUGUCCAGGAUGCAGACAUCAGAGCGAGAGGGGAGUGGGCCAGAGGUGAGUCCCAGCGUGAUGACUGAGGCUCUCCCAGAAUCUCAACCUCCCCCUACCAAGACUGCAGCAGCAUUUGAUCUUUUCAACUUGGUCCUGUCCUACAAGAGGCUGGAGAUCUACUUGGAACCUCUGAAGGAUGCAGGUGAUGGUGUUCGAUAUUUGCUCAGGUGGCAGACACCUGUGUGCUCCUUGCUGACCUGCCUGGGCCUCAACAUCUUGUUCCUCACUUUGAAUGAAGGUGCCUGGUACUCGGUGGGUGCCCUAUUGAUUUCUGUGCCUGCCUUGCUGGGCUACCUUCAGGAGGUUUGCCGGGCACAGCUGCCCGAAUCUGAGCUGAUGCGGAGGAAGUAUCACAGUGUAAGACAAGAGGACCUGCAGAAAGUUCGUCUUUCUCGACCCGAGGCCGUGGCUGAGGUGAAGAGCUUCUUGAUCCAGCUGGAGGCCUUCUUGACUCGCCUGUGCUGCACCUGUGAAGCUGCCUACCGUGUGCUGCAUUGGGAAAACCCUGUGGUAUCGUCUCGGUUCUAUGGGGCUCUUCUGGGCACAAUUUGUAUGCUGUAUCUGCUGCCUCUCUGCUGGGUCCUUGCCCUUUUAAACAGUACACUGUUUCUGGGGAAUGUGGAGUUCUUCCGAGUGGUGUCUGAGUAUAGGACAUCUCUGCGGCGGCGGAUGAACCCCAAGCAGCAACAACGAGUCUUUGAGAGCCCACUACUUCCAGAUGUUGGGGGGAAAGGUAUUCUUCUGGAUAGCACGCCUGCCCCCACUCCCACAGAGGACCUCACACCAGGCAGUGUGGAGGAGGCUGAGGAGGCUGAACCAGAUGAGGAGUUCAAAGAUGCAAUAGAGGAGGAUGAUGAGGGUGCCCCCUGCCCAGCAGAGGAUGAGCUGUCCCUGCAAGACAAUGGGUUCCUGAGUAAGAACGAGGUACUGCGCAGCAAGGUGUCCCGGCUCACAGAGCGGCUCCGCAAGCGUUACCCUACCAACAACUUCGGGAACUGUACAGGCUGCUCUGCUACCUUCUCAGUGUUGAAGAAGAGGCGGAGCUGCAGUAACUGCGGGAACAGCUUUUGCUCUCGAUGCUGCUCCUUCAAGGUGCCCAAGUCCUCCAUGGGGGCCACAGCCCCUGAAGCCCAGAGAGAGACUGUGUUUGUGUGUGCCUCAUGCAACCAGACCUUGAGCAAGUGACACAAGAGGCCAGGCUCCAAGAGGCAGCAGUCCUGGGGCCCCAGUAGAUCCCCACUCUCUCCACCCCUAGCCCCUGUGGCGUGUGCUGGGCGAGUGUGGCCUGAGUGCUAGGUAGGAUUCCCUGUCUGUCUCUUGCUGUCUCCAGCUUUGCUGGAGCAAUGCUGUGCUCAAAUCCCAGGGAGCCCUGGCUGUUUGCCCUGCCCUGUCCAGGGCCGCAUGGGUUCAGGGACAGCCAGGGAGUGUCCACUAGAGGGCAGCAGAGAGCUAGGACUGCUCUCAACUAGGCUUCUAUGGUCAGGGCUAGUCUGACCAGGCUUGGGGAUUCCAUGAGACCUGAAAUUGGGGAAAGUUCUUUCCUGGGGGUAUUGGGCUGGUCCCUCCACCUCAGGGAGCCUGUACAAGUGCUUGCAGCACUACACCCCAGCUCUGUGGUUUGAAUGUUCUUCCUCCAGGUACCAGCAUCUGACUAGUUUCCCAUUAGUGUGGACAGGCCUAACAAGACCAGUAGCAUUCUAGCAGGGCUGAAGUUUCCAGAUUCCCCAGAGGAGCAGU